CCAACGCCUCUCUCUACUGUUUUUUUUUUUUAACCCCUUUCACCUUUGAAAAUUCAACUACAGUACACUCUGAUUAGGUGUUAAUCUCUGUUUUGGUUGUUGUCGUUGAGUUUCCCAUGUUUUGGCUUGCUAGGUAUUCUUCUCCUGCGAGGGAAUCGCUGGUUUAGGAGUUUCUGUUGCUACUCUUUUUGGGGUUGCUGGAUUGUUGUUUGAGUCUUCUUUCUUUGGCUUGGUUUUUUGUGGCCUGUUUUUUCGAGUUUUCCUGACUAGGGGUCUGUCCCUGAGAGGGUGUAAUCUUGUGUUUGAGCUUUAUAAAGUUUUUAGUUCAACCAAAAAAAAAAAAAAAAAUCAACUACACUCUACCCAUCUCCAUGAUCUCCUUUUUCCCCCCCUUUCCCCCACGAAUGGCAUCCCCAUGAUGGUCAAUGGUGGUCGAAUCGAAGUCAAGCUAUGAAGAGUGCCGGCGACAGAGGCUGAAAGAGAACAAGAGGAGACUAGAGGAGCUGAAUCUGGGGAACCCCAGCUCGCUGAAGCUCUCAAGGCCUCUAGCCCUCAGCCCUCUCCGGCGAAGCAGGUGAAACCGUUUGUUUUAGAAGAUUUAAGAUUAGGGGAUGGGAGAACCAGACUGUUCCUGAGUUCAAACUUGUAGAAAAGGAAAUACAUUGGAAAAAAGAAAAAGUGAGAAAGAAAAAAAGCCGAGAAGAAGGUGGACUCCGAAAAAAUAAUGCGGUCUGUCGCUGCUUAAACCAUUGGAAAAUCAAUGGAAACCUUUACCCAUCUUUUUGUCUACUCUUUCUUCUUCUCCCUCUUAAGAACCUCCAUUACACAAGACACUAUUACUGCAAGUCAAUCCAUCAGAGACGGUGGCACUUUAGUUUCAGCUGGCGGAUCAUUUCAAUUGGGAUUCUUCAGCCCAGGUAAUUCCAAAAGUCGAUAUGUGGGGAUAUGGUAUGUGAUAUCUCCGGAGAUAGUUGUCUGGGUAGCCAACAGAGAUGCUCCGCUUAGCGAUCACUCAAGUAUUCUUAAGGUAACUGGUGACGGAGUUCUUGUGCUUCUUAAUAGCACGAAUGGUAUUGUUUGGUCAUCUAAUACAUCAAGAAGCCCCGAAAAUCCAGUUGCGCAGCUCUUGGACACCGGGAAUCUUGUUGUUAAAGAUAGAAAUGAUGAUAACAAAGACAACUUUUUGUGGCAGAGUUUUGAUUAUCCUUGUGACACACACCUACCGGAAAUGAAGCUUGGAUGGGAUUUAGUAACUGGUCUAGAUAGGUUUUUAUCAUCUUGGAAGAGCAUGGAUGAUCCUGCUCAAGGUGAGUAUUCAACACGCAUAGAUCCUCGUGGGCUUCCGCAAAGGGUUGUGAUGAAGGGAGAUUCAAUAAAGACUAGAGCAGGGUCAUGGAAUGGCCUUGGUUUUACGGGUCAUGCGUUAAGACCGAAUCCAGUAUAUGAGUAUGGAUUCGUGCUGAAUGAGAAAGAGGUCUAUUACGAGUACAAACUUUUAAACAAUUCUGUUUUCUCAAGAUAUGUGCUAUACCCAUCAGGCGUUGGACAACGAUUUGUAUGGAUGGAUCGGACACACAGUUGGGAGCCUUUAGAUACAUCGCAGGCAGAUAGGUGCGAAAAUUAUGCCUUAUGCGGUGGAUAUGCUACAUGCAACAUUAAUAACUCACCUGUAUGUGCAUGCUUGGAAGGAUUCUUACCCAAGUCUCCAAAACAGUGGGAUUCAGUAGAUUUGUCUGAUGGGUGUGUUCGAAGGACUUCUUUGAAAUGCGAUGAUGGAGAUGGAUUCUGGAAGCACAAGGGGGUGAAAUUGCCUGACACAUCUUCUUCCAGGUUCAACAAGAGCAUGACCCUCAAGGAAUGCGAAGGAAUGUGUUUGAAAAAUUGCUCCUGCACAGCAUAUGCAAGUUUAGAUGUGAGGGGAGAAGGAAGCGGCUGCGUGCUGUGGUUUGGUAGCCUAGUUGAUACAAGACAAUUCUCUGAGGGUGGGCAAGAACUCUAUAUAAGGAUGGCCAUUUCCGAACUGGGCCGGCUUGAGAAAAAGAUGCACUCCAACAAGGAGAAACUAGUAGGAAUUAUAGUCGGCUCAACAUUACUAGUCGUGGGAAUGAUAAUAGUUGGAUUGGUCUCAUACAUAUGGAAGAAGAAACUCAGAAACCAAGAGAUGACAAAAAGAAAUCGAAUGAAGUAUUGUGACAAUGAAGGUGGGAAAGAAGAUAUGGAGUUACCGAUAUAUGAUUUGGCAACCAUAACAAAUGCCACAGAUAAUUUUUCAAACAGAAACAAGCUAGGAGAAGGUGGCUUUGGACCUGUGUACAAGGGUACAUUGCCAGAAGGAAGAGAUAUAGCUGUGAAGAGGCUUUCAAAUAAUUCUAGACAAGGACUGAACGAGUUAAAAAAUGAAGUGAUUUUGAUUGCUAAACUUCAACACCGUAAUCUUGUGAAGAUUCUUGGUUGUUGCAUUCAAAAAAAUGAAAACAUGUUAAUCUAUGAAUACAUGCCCAACAAAAGCUUGGACUACUUUAUUUUUGAUCAAGCAAAGAGUAAAUUACUUGACUGGCAUAAGCGAAUCAACAUUAUUAAUGGUGUUGCUAAAGGGAUUCUCUAUCUUCAUGAAGACUCUAGACUGAGAAUUAUCCAUAGAGAUCUCAAAGCUAGCAAUAUCCUUCUAGAUAAUAAAAUGAAUCCAAAAAUUUCGGACUUUGGCCUGGCUAGAUCUUUUGCGGGAGAUCAAAUUGAUUCCGAGACCAAUAGGAUUAUUGGAACAUAUGGUUAUAUGUCUCCCGAGUAUGCGGUGCAUGGACAAUACUCAGUCAAAUCUGAUGUAUUUAGCUUUGGUGUUUUAGUAUUAGAGAUAGUAAGUGGGAAGAAGAACAAGGGAUUUUGCCACCCAGACCACCAACUUAAUCUUCUUGGACAUGCAUGAAAACUUUGGAUCGAAGACAAAGCAAUAGAAUUUAUGGAUGAAUUGGUUGGUGACUUGAGCACUCUAUCUAAUGUAUUACGACAUAUUCAUGUGGGUUUGUUAUGUGUGCAACAAAGACCGGAAGAUAGACCAAACAUGUCAUCCGUGAUUCAAAUGUUUAGCAAUGAGAGUUUAUUGCCUAAACCGAAACAA